CUAUGACAGUUGUGCAAAAUUAUUGUUGUUUACACACUCGUAUGAAAAUUUGUGUGAAUGAAUUUGAGUUCAAACAACAAGGAGGAAUAUAAUUUGGUUCGAAAUGGUUGAUUCUAAAGAUAACCUUUUGUGGAUUUCUUGGCAUGACUCUGCUUGGAUACCCAUUCUUUAUCCUACCAAUGUAAUGGAUUACUUUCAGUCAACUACAAACCCUUUCUAUGACCGAACUUGCAACAAUGUAAUUGUCAUAAUGCAGCGUCUCAAUAUGGAACACCUGAAUAACCUGACAGGACUUGAGUAUAUGCUUCUUCAUGUUCAAGAACCAAUCUUGUAUGUAAUUCGAAAGCAGCAUAGGCAUUCUGCAGCUGUAGUUACUCCACUUGUAGAUUUCUACAUAAUUGCUGGUGUAGUCUAUCAAGCACCAGAUCUUGAUUAUGUGAUCAAUUCUCGAAUUUCUACAACAGUCAAUCAUCUCCAAGGGGCUUUUGAUGAAGCUAGGACAUACUCAAGAUAUCACCCAAGCAAAGGUUAUUGGUGGGAGUUUAAGGAGACAGAAUCGAAAGAUGAAGAUGAGAAGAUAGCACAGAAAAAGAGUUUGAAGGAAAAAGCAAAGGAGGAGAGUGGUUCCUUGUUCCAAAGGCAUCGAGUUAACGUUUUGCUUGCUGACCUUGCCAAAAAGUUUCCUCUUAAAAAUACUCCUUAUCCAAUCUGCCAUCGAGCGACAAACUUCACGAUUGCCUCCACGUGCCCUGAAAGUCUGCGUCCUCCUCGGACCCUUGUUGGCUCAUCAGGGACACGCCCUCCGCCUCCUCGACUGGUUGCGAAAAUUGAUUGCCAUUUGCCAAGGCUUUCGUCUCCUUUUGGCCGAUAUCAUCAUGAAGGUAUCGGAGAUUUUUAUUUUGCCCAAUCAGCAAAAUCAUAA